UUGUUGCAAAGCAGAACAUUGGAGCUAAUAUUUUUAAAAUUUACGUUUUUACCCGAAAGAAUUGAGAUGUUUUCUGUUCUGCUUCGUACUCUGACGGUAGUUAAGAUUUAAAAGUGUUAUGAACAUAAAGCUCUUGACGGUACCAUUCAGAUCGCAAUCAGUUCGUGUCUUUUCCGUUCCAAGUCAACUAGGAAUAACACAUUCAUCUGCUACUGUCCUAACUGGCGCCAACAUGACCGAAGAAGCAACCGAUUAUACCAACAAUCCACCGCUGCAGUACCGCGUGGUGGCCAAAUGCUCUCGAACCAAAGCUCGGGUGGGGUUAAUGCAGUUGCGGCAUAGUGAUGUCGAUACACCGGUGUUUAUGCCUGUCGGAACGCAGGGUACCCUUAAAGGACUAUUACCGGACCAAAUCCUGCAAUUAGGCUGUCAAAUUAUGCUAGGAAAUACAUACCACCUUGGAAUGCGACCGGGGACGGAUGUUCUGGAGAAAGCUGGUGGACUACAUCGGUUCAUGGGUUGGCCUCGUGCACUGUUGACGGACUCCGGGGGUUUCCAAAUGGUUUCGCUGCUUCAACUAGCUGAAAUCACCGAAGAAGGUGUUAAAUUCGAGUCGCCUUACGAUAAAAGUGAAAGCAUGUUAACUCCCGAACGUUCGAUGCAAAUUCAAAAUGCUAUCGGAGCAGACAUUAUGAUGCAACUGGAUGAUGUGGUAAAGACGACUACAACUGGGCCGAGAGUGGAGGAAGCCAUGCAGCGUACGAUUCGAUGGUUGGAUCGGAGUAUUGGCGCUCACGGACGUGAUGACGAACAAAGCGUUUUUCCGAUAGUUCAAGGCGGCCUGCAGCCUGAACUGAGGAAAGUUUGCGCCGAAGAACUCAUCAAAAGAAACACACGUGGAUUUGCGGUUGGUGGAUUGAGUGGGGGCGAGAGCAAAGAUGAAUUCUGGCGAACGGUGCAUCUCUGCACGGAUCUACUGCCGGAGGACAAACCACGAUAUCUGAUGGGAGUCGGGUUUGCGGCAGAUCUGGUGGUAUGUGUGGCACUGGGGAUCGAUAUGUUUGACUGUGUGUUUCCGACGCGCACAGCGCGCUUCGGUUGUGCAUUAACCCGCAAAGGACAAAUUAAUUUGAAGCAGCAUGCCUAUAAAACGGAUAUGAGGCCAAUCGACGAAAAUUGCGACUGUUCUACCUGCCAAACGUACACAAGAUCGUACUUACAUCACAUUGUAACCGUGGAACCGGUAGCUUGCAGCAUAGUUAGCGUUCAUAAUGUUGCCUUUCAGUUGAAACUUAUGAGUGACAUUCGAGAAAGUAUAAAGGCAGACACUUUCCCGGAUUUCAUCCAGACGUUCAUGAAGGAACGUUUUUCGGACGAUAAGAUUCCCCAAUGGAUAGUUGACGCACUGGCGGCGGUUAAUGUUUCAGUGUAAGUAAAAAGUUUUGAAAA